AUGACGGAAACAUUGAACCGCGAUGUGGAGAAGCGAGCCGGAGCGAUCGACCCCCCGCUCUUUGAAGACGAAACGGGCGCUGUUCCAGCCUCGAGCUUUGAAUAUGGCAAUUCCGUGUAUGCGAAGCUUCAACGAUUAGGAGGAAAAAUCAAGGUUGAGCAAAGAGGCAUCGAACGUGUCCCUGACGACGAAAGAACGGACGGUUCCUAUUGGAAUAUUGGCUCAAUGUGGCUGGCUGCGAAUAUGGUUGUCCCUUCGUUUACGAUUGGCGUCUUGGGCAAGCCACUAUUUGGAUUGAGCUUCGUCGAUUCGGCCUUGGUCAUAAUAUUCUUCAACUUCAUCGGCGUUUUGACCGUCUGCUUUUUCUCGGUUUUCGGUGCAGUAUUCGGACUACGUCAGAUGGUUUUAUCCCGAUUUUGGUUUGGUUGGUGGGGCGUCAAGCUGAUUGCCCUCUUCAAUGUUCUGGCCUGUAUUGGAUGGGCUGCUGCCAAUAUUAUUGUUGGGGCCCAGCUAAUCAAUGCAGUGAACCCAAAUGUCCCCGGAUAUGCAGGAAUUCUGAUCAUUGCAUUUUGCACCCUUCUGGUCGUUUUCUUUGGAUAUCAGGUGGUUCACGCCUAUGAGUACUGGAGUUGGAUUCCGACAUUUAUUGUAUUUCUGGUCGUUUUGGGCGUCCUUGCACACUCUGGUGAUUUUACAAACUUACCAAUGGGAGCUGGAACUGCCGAGCUUGGUGCCGUUCUUUCCUACGGCUCCACUGUCUUUGGCUUCGGCACCGGAUAUACGAGCUUUGCCGCAGAUUAUACAGUCUAUCAACCAAGUAAUCGCCCGCGACGCAAAGUGUUUAUGGUUACAUGGCUGGGAAUCUUCCCAACCCUUCUCUUUACUGAGCUUCUGGGUGCAGCCCUGGUCACUGCUACGGACUUAAAUGGAGGCGAUAACGCAUAUCAAAAGGGCUAUGAUGAUGCUGGAGUGGGAGGCCUUCUCGGAGCUCUCCUUUUCCCACGAGUUGGGGGCUUUGGGAAAUUUUGCGUUGUGAUCCUCGCUCUAUCAAUUGUCGCCAACAACUGCCCGAAUAUUUACUCGGUUUCUUUGACGCUCAUGGUUAUGGGACGGUGGACACGCCACAUUCCCCGCUUUAUUUGGACCAUUGUCGCCACUGGGGUUUAUAUUGCAAUUGCAAUCCCCGGAUACAGCCAUUUUGAAGCUGUCCUCGAAAAUUUCAUGAAUUUCAUAGGCUACUGGCUGGCCAUAUACGAAGGUGUUGCCCUGACUGAGCAUUUUGUGUUCCGUCGAGGCUUUUCGGGAUACAACGCAGGAGACUAUGAUAACCGUCACAGGUUACCUCCCGGAAUCGCGGCCUUGCUCGCGUUUUGCUGCGGCGUUGUAGGAAUGGUGACUGGCAUGAGUCAGUCAUGGUAUGUUGGACCAAUCGCAGCAUCGGCUGGCCCGGCCCCAACUGGAGGAGAUGUUGGAUUUGAGCUUGGGUUUGCAUUUGCUGCUUUCUCAUACGCUAUUUUGAGAACCCUUGAACUGAAAAUUUUCAAGAGAUAG